AUGUCCGUCAAACUACUUGGUUCCGCGCAAUCUACUCGCACCCAGAGAGUUCUCCUCGUGCUCCUCGAGCUGCACAUAGAGUAUGAUCUCGAGGAAAUCAGUAUGCAAAAGGGAGAGCACAAGAACCCGGACUAUGUGAAGAAUAUUCAUCCCUUUGGUCUCAUCCCUGCUCUGCAAGACGGAGAGGCACAGCUAUUUGAGUCGCGUGCAAUUUGCCGAUACCUUGUUUCCAAGUACGGCAAGGGUAGCAAUUUGCUCGUCGACAACCGCAGCUCCGCUAGGGAAAUCGGAAGGUUUGAACAAGCUGCCAGCGUCGAAUAUUCCUACUUUGAGCCGUCGAUCAAUACUUUAGCUUAUGAGAAUAUUUUCAAAAAAUUCAUGGGCCGAGGAGACCCAAACGUUGAGGAGGUCGAUCGAGCCACUGAUGUUCAAAAUUCAGUGCUUGAUUAUUACAACAAAAUUCUUACAACUAGCCAAUACCUUGGCGGAGAGCAUUUUACCCUUGUUGAUCUCUACCACAUUCCUUGGUUCCGAUUCUUCUUUGUGCUGCCCCUAGAGCACCAGAUCACUUCGAGACCAAACCUUGAUGCUUGGUGGAAACGAGUUUCAGAUCGACCGUCUUGGAAGACUGUGUCGGCCUCGAUUUCUCAUUAA